AUGGAACGAUCCACCAGGGAGCUGUGUCUCAACUUCACCGUUGUCCUGAUUACAGUUAUCCUUAUAUGGCUCCUUGUCAGAACCUAUCAGUACUGAGAUACCACAGCUCCUGCAAUUGACUGCAACACUCCAGAGCUGUCUUCUGUAUGCACUGAGAUCCCACUGCUGUCAUGGGAUACCUUUUCUGGCACCCCACGACACUUCUGACCUGCUCGCACAAUAUUUGGGCUGCCUCCAGUGUUAGUAUUGAUUGUGUGAUCUCUAAAGAUGCUGCUCUCAAUGGCUGCCAAGUGUUUGUCAGGGAGCAUUAGAUUUAUUCCCCAACUCUUACUGCAAAUGUGUCAGACAAGCCACAAGGUUAAAAGUAAACUGGAUUCGUGAUGACAUAGAAUUCUAACAAGCCCCUGGUGUGUUUCACCACACAUCCCUUCAUCCCACACUCAGCAACCAAACUCUAAAUCAACUGCCAGAAGAAAGAAAUGUUAAAGGAAGUCUUUGUCAGCCCCUAUAACUAUCAUGUGAAUAAAGUUGUCGACCCCGAAAAA